AACUUUAAAUAGAGUGUAAUUUAAAGGACAAGCUACUAGAUUAAGCCAAUGAUCAUAAAUCAAACUUGCUACUUUAAACUAAGCUUUUCUUUUCUAGGCUUAUGCACCUUGCCUCCAGAGGGGACAAUGAUGGCAGACAUUAUCCAGAGAACUGAAAAGAGGAUUGACUUGUUUGGAGAAAGCCAGAGCCAGAAACUGCAGACCAAUUAUGUCGACUACUUGGACGAACUGGCUUUAGAGAUUGGGGCAAAGCCAGACAUACUCUCUUUCCUGUUUAAAGAUCCUAAACUGGCUAUGAAACUCUAUUUUGGACCCUGUAAUUCCUACCAGUAUCGCCUGGUUGGGCCUGGGCAAUGGGAAGGAGCCAGGCGUGCCAUCUUCACCCAGAAGCAAAGGAUACUGAAACCUUUAAAGACACGGUCUCUGAAAGCUUCAUCUAAGUUCCAAGUUUCCUUUUUGUUGAAAUUCCUCGGCCUUUUUACUCUUCUUCUGGCCUUUUUGUUCCAACUUCAGUGGUUCUAAUCUGUCCACAAAACACCUUUGGCAUUUUAGCUUGUCAAUCGAUACCUCUUUUGAAAACAAAGAUUAAAAGAAAAAAAAAUAGUAACUCUACAUCCUAAAUUUUGGAAUUGAUAGAACAAAUGAAGCAAUAAUUAUGGAGAAUUAGCAAAACCAAGUCUUCACAUUAAAUCAAAAUUACACCA